CCCUCGCUCCGCCUGCCCGCCUUCGGCCGCGCCGCUCCAUGCCGUGGCGCUUUAGCGUCUCGGUGGGCCGCCUCCUCCUCGUCAGCAGCAGCGCCCGUUUUGUGGCCGCCCUCCUGCCCCGCGCCUCGCUUCACGCCGCCCGCUCAUCCUCCUCCGCCGCCGCGGCCUCCAGCACCCGGCCCCUCUCUCGCCGCCCGACCCCGCCGCAUCCCGGCCCCGGCAUCGUCUCCAGCAUGGACGGACCCGUCGCCGAAGCGCUCCUGGCGCCGCUCAGGCAGGCGGUGCGGCAGCAGGGAGAGUUUGUUCGGAAGUUGAAGGAUGACAAGGCUCCACAGAUGGACGUGGACAAGGCCGUGGCCGAGCUCAAAGCUCGGAAGAGACUCCUAGAAGCCAAGGAGCUGGCUCUGCAGCCUAAGGAUGACCUUGUGGACAGGCUUAAAAUGGAAGACGCCUUGAAGCGGAGGUUUUUCUACGACCAAGCCUUUUCUAUUUAUGGAGGGGUGAGUGGCCUGUAUGACUUUGGCCCCGUGGGUUGUGCUUUGAAGAACAACCUAAUACAAGCCUGGAGGCAGCACUUCAUCCAGGAGGAGCAGAUUUUUGAGAUAGAUUGCACCAUGCUGACGCCUGAAGCUGUUCUGAAGACCUCUGGGCACGUGGACAAAUUUGCAGACUUCAUGGUGAAAGAUGUAAAAAGUGGAGAAUGCUUCCGAGCUGAUCACCUCCUGAAGGCCCACUUACAGAAGGUGAUGUCAGACAAGAAGGGCGCCGCGGAGAAAAAGAUGGAAAUGGAGAAGGUGAUCACGCAGCUGGACAACUACAAUCAGGAACAGCUUGCGGAUCUGUUUGUCAAUUACAAUGUGAAGUCCCCCCUAACAGGAAAUGACCUGACUGCUCCGGUGUCUUUCAAUCUCAUGUUCAAGACCUCUAUUGGCCCAGGAGGAAACAUGGCUGGAUAUUUGAGGCCAGAAACCGCCCAGGGAAUCUUUCUGAACUUCAAACGCCUUUUGGAAUUCAACCAAGGCAAACUGCCUUUUGCUGCUGCUCAGAUUGGCAAUUCUUUCCGGAACGAAAUCUCUCCUCGCUCAGGUCUCAUCAGGGUCAGGGAAUUCACAAUGGCAGAAAUUGAACAUUUUGUGGACCCCAGGGAAAAAUGUCAUCCUAAAUUUCAAAAUGUAGCCGACCUCCGCAUCCUCUUGUAUUCUUCCAAAGCCCAGACCAGCGGGGAACCAGCCCGUGUCAUGUGUUUGGGGGAUGCUGUUGAGCAGGGUGUGAUCAACAAUUCCGUCCUGGGCUACUUCAUUGGCCGGAUCUACCUCUACCUCAUCAAAGUUGGCAUCUCUCCAGAGAAGCUUCGUUUCCGGCAGCACAUGGAGAAUGAGAUGGCUCAUUACGCCUGUGACUGCUGGGAUGCGGAGACCAAAACCUCCUACGGCUGGAUCGAAAUUGUUGGCUGCGCUGAUCGCUCCUGCUACGACCUCUCCUGCCACGCCAGAGCCACCAAAGUCCCUCUCGUUGCUGAGAAGCUUUUGAAGGAGCCAAGAAUCGCCAACGUUGUUCAGUUUGAAGCCAACAAGGGAGCCAUAGGGAAGGCGUACAAGAAGGAUGCUAAGCUGGUGCUGGAGUAUCUCGCCAUCUGUGACGAGUGUUACAUCAGUGAGAUGGAGACGCAGCUGAACGAAAAAGGGGAAUUUACGAUUGAGACAGAAGGGAAAACCUUUCAGGUAACAAAGGACAUGGUUGGCGUGAAAAGAUUCCAGAAAACCUUGCAUGUGGAAGAGAUUGUCCCCAAUGUGAUUGAACCUUCAUUUGGGCUUGGAAGAAUCAUGUAUUCGAUAUUUGAGCAUACAUUCCGCAUCAGAGAGGGAGAUGAACAGCGAACGUACUUCAGCUUUCCUGCUGUGGUGGCUCCUUUCAAAUGCUCAGUUCUCCCUUUAAGUCAGAACCAGGAAUUCAUUCCGUUUGUGAAGGAACUCUCUGAAGCUCUGACCAGGAAUGGGGUCUCCCACAAAGUGGAUGAUUCUUCUGGAUCCAUCGGUCGGCGGUAUGCGAGGACGGAUGAAAUCGGGGUGGCGUUCGGGAUCACAGUUGACUUUGACACCGUCAACAAGACCCCCCACACAGCUACCUUAAGAGAUCGCGACUCCAUGCGGCAGAUACGGGCUGAGAUCUCAAAGCUGCCAGUCCUGGUGGGCGACCUGGCCAAUGGCAACAUAACUUGGGCUGACGUGGAGGCCAGGUACCCUCCCUUCGAGGGUCAAGAGACAGGGAGAAAGGACGCGAUGGAGGGCUGAAGCUAAUGCCGGGAAGGAAACCUCCUCAUGAAGUCCACUUUUAAUUGUCUGCGUAAUAGAGGUUUUAUGAUGUGUAUUAUUUGACAUGGCUUUGUCCGCACACCUAGGCCCCCCUGGUUAUCCAGUCCCUGGUCUCUGCCUGAUUUUAACUCCCAUCUCCAAUAGCCCCAAUUAAAAUGGCUUAAGACAUGCCAGGUUCUCUAACGUCAAGUCUCUUCUGUAUAAAAGAGGCCACCAGUUUGUUCUAGUGCAGGGGUCUCCAAGGUUGGCCACUUGUGGACUGCAGCUCCCAGAAUUCCUCAGUUAGCAGGAGAAUUAUGGGAGUUGAGUUUCGUCUUAAAGCCGUCAGGUUUGGAGACCCCUGGUCUAGUGCUUAAGACACCAAGGUAGAAUCAAGACUUCACGUCCCAUCCUAGCCAUGAAAGCCGGGUGGGCUGACCUUGGGCCAGUCACUGUCUCAGCUUAACUCGCCUCACAGGGUGGUUGUUGUGGGGAAAAUAAGAGGAAGGUAUGUUGGGUAUGUUUGCCACCUUAUUUGUUAAAAAAAAAUUAAGGGAUAAAAAAUAAAUAGCUGCCAGACAGGGAGGGGGUGCCGGUCUAUUUCUGUUGUUUAGCAUUGGCUGUAAAUAAACAUGUUUGACUUACGGUUA